AAAUUUAAGAAUGAAAAAGACUAUUCCACUUUAGUAGGAGACGUAAUGAAGCGACAACUCCGUAAUGAAAUGUAUCUUCCAUCAUUUUCAUCUCGGAAUGUCUUCUGCGAAUCAAAAUUUCGUCACGAAGACUUCCUUGGUCCAAGCUUUAAGAUAAUUGAUGGUACAGAGACUCCAGUUCAUGCUUUUCCUUGGAUGGUAUCGCUACAAUACGAUGGAGAACAUUUCUGUGGAGGCAGCCUCAUCAACGAAGAUACGGUUCUCACCGCCGCUCAUUGUAUGAAUUUACCCAACUUUCAAAGCAAUUAUUGUCAGGUCUUCCUGGGCGAGCACGAUUUGUCUCUAACCAAUGAAACCGAGUUUACCCUUCAAAGACGAGUUUCGCGUAUAGUACUACACCAUGGAUAUUCGGACGCAACUUCACCGCUGACCCACGACAUUGCCAUUCUGAAACUGGACCAAAGUGUGCCCUUCAGCCCAGCCAUUGGCCCAGUAUGUCUCCCAACAGACUCAAGUGCUUCAUUCGAGCCAAGGUUGGGCAUCUCGAUUGGUUGGGGAAUUACUGAGAAUGGAACGCUCUCAGAUGUAUUACAACAGGUUGAGAUCAAUAUCAUUUCCAGCGAAGUGUGCCAGCAAAUCAUAGGGCCCUUGGGCGUACAAGUAUCUCCUGUUAUGAUGUGUACCUUAGGAGGUCCCAAUGGAGGAGAAUCAACGUGUAAUGGAGAUUCUGGGGGCCCCCUUAUGGUCCGUCAAGACAAUAAAUUCAUCCUGGUUGGGCUGGUGAGCUUUGGUGAGGUGGAUUGCACAGCACCAUUGCCAUCCGUAUACGCCAGGGUCGCACCUUUUUUGGAUUGGAUAGCUGUGGCCUUGUCCACCUAAUGCUAACGUGGAUCUCACUUGACUUUAUGCUACGUAUGCCUCCGAUGGUAAUACUUUGGUUGGAACGAUAUUACUUUGGACGUAAUGAAAUAUAAUCGCUCUGAACAAUU